CUGGCUCUGGAUCUCAGUGGAUUCUCUACAUGUCAAGCAAAGCCUCACAAUGCUGCGCUUCCUAAACCCAGGAGCUUAGGAAUUUGCUGUGAUGUGGCUGUUCCCAGAACCCUCUUUCGUCCCUCUUUGGCGGAUUCACUGUGUGAGGCUCUGAUGGACGAGCUUGGCAGGUGGACCAAGUGAGCGACAUCACCUGUUUGGGAAAUCUGUCUUUAGGGAGCUGAGAUCUUGCUCUUGCUUACCCACCCUCUUCCUUGCACACACACACACACACACACACACACACACACACACACACACACACACACACACACACACACACACACACACACACACACACACACACACACACACCUCACACACUUGCCUCUCCCUUCCUUGGAUGCUGGUGUAGUGAACAGCAGGAUUCUCUCGGCUGAGCCACAUGGAGGCGCAGGGAGGGGCUCCCAGCCCAGAGCCUAAUAAAGACAUCCAGAAGCUGCUAAAGCUCUCCAGCUCAGGUGACCUUUCUCAGGAGCUGUUCCAGCAGUAUGCUGCAGGCGAGGAAGAGGAGGAGGAAGCUGGCUUUGCAGGACACACCGCCAGCCUUCUGCACAUCUCCGAGAAGAGACAACCUCUGAGCAGUGUGUCAUCUUUAGAAGUCCACUUUGACCUCCUAGACCUCACCGAGCUGACCGACAUGUCGGACCAAGAGCUGGCUGAAGUCUUUGCUGACUCUGAUGAGGAGAACCACAAUGAGUAUCCACCAGGUUCCCAGCAGUCAGUGCUGGCCAAAGGAGGUUACAUGCGUUCCCCGUCGUGGACACGCUGCAGCAAAGUGGAGCACCCCAGGGAAAGGAAGCAUCACAGCGACUCAGACACCACAGAGCCCUUAAUGAAGCUGGAAAGGCCAAAACAACCUUGACUUGUGGGGUGUGUGUGUGACACAGGUGGAAUGAAGCUCAGAGCAGACAGCCAGCACAAGAGUAGACCACACAGUGUUUUAUGGCGCUGGUGAACAGUUGGGGAGUUCAUGCUGAACUGUGGACACAUUGCUGUAUGUUCUAAAGAUGUGCAGUAAACACACACACACUUGCCUUCCAUCUCUGAUUGCACUCUUGAUGAUUUGAAGUUUGGUUUUGGAGUGACAGACAGGGUAGUAAGACAAAAUCUUAGUGGAAUCACUGUUAUUUCCCAAUAGCCUCCAUUAUAUUUUCUUUUCCCCCAUGUUCCUAACAUCGUGUAAAGUGACGACUGCCGCUAUUUCUUCUCUAUUCAAGUUGGUCAUCCAUAGCUCCAAAAAAGGCGAGAGGAAAGGAAGUAACUGAGCUAAUGUGAAAUUGCAUGAAUGCCAAACACACAAUCAAAGUGCCAAUACUUGUCAUUAGACAGUCCACUUACUUGAUUUGUUUUGAAUUCAGCUUGUCAAUACCUGGACAGAUAAUCAUCUUGAAUAGGGUGAGUGACUGUAAGAAGGAAAAAAUAAAAGUCUUGGAAAACUGUGCUUCUUUGUUGUGAAAUGCAAUUAGUUAGAGAAAGAUCCAUUAACUAUGACAUGAUUCUUUGGUUGAACUUUUUUAGGUUAGGUACUGUGGCGAAUGCAUAUAUUUUAUAUAGUUCUUUAUUUUUCAAUAGUCAUGUUUAAAGCAGCUAAUAUUUUCCCAUGUGUACACUAUGUGCUUGUAUCUUAUGUCCGCUAGUAAACUCUGGGCCUUACCUUGAAGGCGCUGGAAUGUUGGGGGUAUAAUGAACUCCCUUUUUACCUUAUCUGCUUAGAACAUUAAGGCUGUAUUUCUGACUCUUUCCGUUUGAUUUUUAGACCACUUCUAGAUGCCGCUAUUAACGCAUUGUAUGACUGGUCUCCUAAAGCUUUAGUAAAACUUGGUAAUAUUGCUAUUCUGUCUUGAUGGUCCUUCUUACUCAACAUAUAUGUCAUCCGAAAGAAUUUGGGAUUGACCAGUGACUUUUAUUCCCUGAGAGGAAAACUGGUCUGACGCAACAGUACCCACCUUAUUGUUGAUUGUUAAUAGUUUCCCCCAUAGAUGAACAAGUCAGUCAAAAGCGCUUCUCUGUCACAGGCAAUGCUGUGCUAAUAUCCUCAAUCUUUGCAUCAACACGUCGAUCUCAUAAAUCACAUCCUGGAUUAAAAAGGCAAAAUCAUUAGUUUAACUGAAAGUUUGAGCAAAGCUCGGGGAUUCAGGAGUUUAAUUCUAUAGUUGAAGAGCAGAAUAACUGAAUGCUGCCUUCCUAACUUCUGCUCCUGGGAACGUACAGUUAACCUU